CCCGGCUCUACUUCCCUCCUGGCCCGGCGCGAUGGAGACGGGCGGGUGCCGCAUGGGCACCGCGGAGCCGGCCCCAGCGAUGAUCACGCUGGAGGACCUGGACGGGAUGGCGGAGGAGACCGCCGACUCGGCGUACCACAGCAACGGCAGCAGCCCGGACGAGGAGGCGGCCGAGCGCAUGGAGGACGAGGAGCAGGAGCGGCUGCUGAGCUACUGGCAGAGCGUGGGCAGGGGGCACCAGGUGGACGUGCCCCGCGAAAUGGCAGAGCCAAUUCAGCAGCUGACUAGAAAUAACAAUCCCCAGGAGAGACAGACUAUCCCAUUUACUCUGAUCCAGCGCAAAGAAAAGCUUGGUGAUCUGCUUUAUGAAAAACGUCAGUAUGGAAAAGCCAAAUGGGCUUGUAUAAAAAUGAAAGAGAAACAGUAUGAACAGAGCAUAUGCCUUGGAUUCAUGAAGCUUAUGAGAUACAUUUGUGAGCAGAACUCCUCAGGACUAUACUUGGGGAUAACAAUACCCAUUGUGACCAUAGUCCAUACAAACGAAUCUCAAUCCGAGAUGAGACAGUCAGUGACAGUAGCGUACUACCUGCCCGAACUGCUGCAGGACGAGCCACCUCAUCCUUUUGACUCUGACAUAAUCAUUGAAGAAUGGCCUUCUACUAUUGUUUAUAGCAGGAGCUUCAGAGGAAUCACCAAUGAAGACUCUAUAAUGAGAGAAAUAAACCUGCUGGCGGAAAUUCUGGAGAGCCCCGAGUUGUGUUUGCAGGAUACAUUCAUCAUUGCAGGAUACACAAAUCCAGCUGCUGCCAAUCGGCACAAUGAGAUAUGGUUCCUUCAGAGACCAUAGCCUCCCAUUCCUGAUGCUUGUCAGUCACAAGGAUCAGCUCUGAUUUACUGGCAGAAUCUUACAGGUGAAUCACACAAGACUAAUUGUCAGACCCUCGAAUAUUUUAUAAUGUGGUUUUUAGCCAGGUUAGCUAGGCAAUCACUCCAACCUGAAAAUUCAACAGAGGUAACACCCAAAAUACACACACUUUCCUAUGUCUGCUUUUACAGUUUUUACACUAUUUUUAUUGAGAUUUGUAGCACUUUAGAAGCUAGUUCACCUAUCUUUUUUUUUUUCUUUGCAAGAUAAGGGAGACAGAGACCUCUCUCCUUAUCCAUUUCUAGUAUCCCUAGACUGCUUGUGGCUUGGGACAGUCCUGGGGAGCCCUUGGCCUGCUCUGGGCAUCUGGUUUUGCACCAGCUGCACAGACCCUGCUGGGGCUGCCCAUGCGACACACGUGAAAACCAGCUCACAUGUGCAGGCUCUGCUUUGGAAAAAGAGCAUUCAGGUCUUCAUUUCAGAAGAGAACUACCAGGUUUAGACCACUGGGAUUAAACCAAGCAGUAAGAGUAGGUCAGUGCUGACUGCUUUUAAUGUCUUCAUCUGUGGAGCAGAGGUUCUUAAUGCUUACCUCAAAAAGCAUUCAACCAAAGUACUUUUAACCUUGAGAAGAGACUGAGGUAGCAGAAUAGACCUAAUGCUUGUUAAAGUUUUGAUAGCAAAGGUUACAGGUUACCUUAAUCACUCACUCAGAGUAAUCCCACUACUACAUCUGGCAUUCCUAAAUAGAAAGUGGUUAUUCUUAACUCUUCAGUAUUCUGAACACUUUCUUCUUGCAAUUUUGCUGAAUGUUAAAACACUGCAGCUGAAGAUAGUAAUUAGUUCAGUACUUUUUGCGCUCUUUUGGCAGUUCCAUGCUAUUAAUGUUAUAAAUGACACAAUAGUUCAUAGAAUCACAGAAAAAAAAUUCCCAGUCUCUGUCAGUGACCUGAUCCAGUCCUCUGCUGAAGAGAGGCCAGCAGGCUGCUCAGGGCCUCACAGAUGGAUUUUGAGCAUCUUCAGGGACAAGCAGCCCGUAAACCCACUGGGCCCUGUUCGAGUAUUUGACCACCUCACUGUGAGACUUUUUUCCUCUUGAUAGCUAAAUUUUUUGUGUCAUAGCUUGUUUCUUUUACCCUUCAUCCAUAUGGUAAUUCUUCAAGGAGACAACUGCUAGUCUAGCACGCUGUGAUUGAGAGACAAGCUCACGUAAUCCUACACACAUCAGAAGGUCUGAAAGCAGCAUUUGUGCUUUGUUGUUUACUACAGUUACAGAGCACCUUCUGCUCUUUAGAAUCGGGGUAGCAAAUAGUGUUGCUCUCAGAAAACCUUUCUUAAUGUCUCCUCUUGCAGAUAUGAUGGUAGAGCAUAAUCUUCACAAUUCACAAAAGUAAACAUCUUUUUAUAUUUAAAAAAAAAAAAAGUGUAGCAUCAGCAUUAUUUGUUGAUUACACAAUUUAGGCUUUGAACAGACCUUUUCUGUUCCUCAGUUACAACAUACAAAACAGCAACCAGAGCCAGUGUCUGCCAGCUUACAGUAGAGUUAAUUGGCAAACAAAAUGGAUUUAUGUAGUACUUCUGGGGAAGGUCUCAACAACUUUAAGCCUCCUGGUUCCACAAGGCACUCUGCUGCACAAAACUGGCUUUAUGCUUAACCUAAGCCCACUGGCAGAGCAGUGGGAUGAGAGAGUGCUGGCUGGCCCUGGCUGAGCACCCCUAAAAGCCUGACCAAGAUUCCUUCCAGUGGUUGCUGCCCACAGAGUCCUCAGGGAGACAAGGAGAAGGGAUUGCAUGGAGUGGGAUGAAGAGAGAGAAAAGCCUUAGUUUUAAUGCAAACAAACUGAAAGUUUAUGUGGGGAGAGAAAAAGAUUUGAAAAAAAAGCAAUCCUCACCACCUUCUUCUGAAGGUCUGCUACCCCUGACUGCCCAGAUACCCUGCACUAGCCCAGCACAAACACUUGUAUGGCUACAAAUCAACUGCAUGUUAAACUGAUUGGAGGGGAGGAGGAGAGAGGGGGAAAUCACAGAAAAACCCUGUGGGUUUGGGACCUUUCUUAUUCCAACCAGAAAGCUCUCAAAUCUGGUCUGUCAGGUGACAGCACAAAUGCUGUGCCAGUUGCAGCCACAACUAGGAACCACUUUGUCUGAUGUGUCAACUUAAAUGCAUGCCAAAGUAUUUCUUUCUUAAGAAUGAGGCGAUGAAGGUAUCUGUUAUGUCUUUUAUCCGUCUCAGUUUGUCCAAGAUCAUAGCUGGGGGAGGGGGGAAAAUAUUAAAAAAAAAAAAAAAAAGAAAAAAAAAAAGAAAAAAAAAAAAAAAAAAUCAGACUUCGUUUUCACUAUCUUAUUUCCUGUUAGCUUUUUAUUUAUUUUUAACAUUUCCUCAGAGUGUUGGAAAUUCCAGACAGUAUUGAUGUGAAAGCUAACAACUUAACAGAAACAAGAAGAAGUUUUUUAAAACUUUUUUAAAACUGAGUUGUGUAGAGAGCCCAGGGAGGCAUUAAAGAACAGGUUUUGUUUUGCCUUCGGCCCCCACAAAGAUUUUUAUAAGAGUAAAUCAAAACAAUUUUCACUUUUGACAUGCUUUUAUGGCAAAUUAAAGAGUUUCUGCAAUUUGAUUGCUUUUGCCAGUUAGAGAAAUCAUUUUAAUGCUUUGGCACAACAAAUGUCAAAUAGUUAUUGGAAGUAGUUGAAUCACCUCUCACCAUACAGUACCAGGCUGUGCAUAGUUUACAUUUUAAGCAUCUACUGCAAAAAGCGUUUGCUGCAUUUUAUGUCUCUUUCCAUAGUCAAUCUUCACCUAAAUACUGCUUUGAGUCAGCUACUUGUGGGUAUGUUAUAGAAACAUUCUUGUUCCUCAAAUAUCAAAAUAAGGUAUUUAUCUGAAUGUGCCGAUAUCCUAACUGCAGCAAAGUGUUCAAUGUUGUUUUAUGUAAAACUGUGAGUUCCAAGAUAGUAUUUAUUUUGACUUAUGUUAGAUGGCUUCUGCUGCUGAUAAAGAACCAAUUAAUCUCAAGUUUGAAGAUACACUUUAUGGCUAUGGAACAUUGUACCAGCUUCUGUAACCGGCCCUCACAAGCACGGGCACGAUGAAUUGCAGUUUCUAACUGACACGCAAUAAAGUUUACUUAACAGUUAAUCCAGUGACUGCCAGGGAAACAUUACUAUUACUCAAAAACUACAUUUUAGAAAGUUUGAAAACAUCAUGUCAAGCAUAAUUACCUAACUCCUGUUCUCAGUAUAGGCCUUGUUACCCACCUGUGGCUCUACUUUGUAAGCCAUUAAUUACUGGAUUGUCAUUUUUAAUUUGAAGUUAUUAGAUUUCCACCAUUCAAAGGCGAUAAUAAAACAGAAUUCACCAUUUUUUUUGGAAGAUUAAAUGAUAUAGCCUUAAGAGAUAAAUGUUGUCCUGCAUACUGUGUAUUUUUCAAACAAGCUUAGUGCCUAAAAAGUUUAUUCCAGCUAUUGUGAUACUCAGGGCCUUGCUUAUUGUAUGUACACAAAUAUAAACAUGUUUUUUCCAGCAUUGUUGCAUUGUGUAGUUUUACAUUGUCCUCCUUUUACACUGGAAUGUCAUCUUGCUUACUGUUACUGUUUGUCAAAAUUAAAGAUAAUGAUCUUAUUGUGCAGAGCGUACCUGCCUU